CCGUACUCCACCACCAAGAUCUUUCUGUUUGACGCCUUUUUCUUCCCCUUUGGGGUCCCGGGUAUUUCCAUAGUUUUACUCAAAGAAGGCUUAUUCCUCCGCUGCUCAGAUAUGUUCAAAUACGACGGUCUCUCUCUUCCACCGUCUUUCCACGGCCAUACAUUCAUUCAUCUGGGCAUCCCAUCUCUCGCUAUUCCUCAUCCCUCCCACCGAAAACAUGGAAUUGGGGCUCACUCUCAGGUCUGCCCUUGCUGCUUGCCUGCUUGUCAUCGCAUCUGCCUCGGCUCGCAGCAAUGUCCUUAGCUCCCUCACGCCUCUGUCUGGUAUCAAGUACAAGCUCGUCAAGGCCAAUCUCCCGCCAAAUCCUGACAAGGUCACCCAAAACUACCAGGCAAUUCAGGCCCACCGCGGAUCUGGGACCAAUUCCAGGUCUGCGGCGGCAGUUCUGGGGGAGCACCAGCGCCAGCUCAACGGCGGCGGCGGCGGCUACGAGAACAUCACCUCCACCACCGCCUACGGCACCCAAUAUGCGAUCCAGCUGAUGUUCCAUGAAACCCCCGUCAGUCUCAUUCUCGACACGGGAAGCUCGGACACGUGGGUCGUCCAGGAUGGCUUCCGCUGCCUUGACUACACUGGCCAGAUCGUUGAACAAGCCAGCUGUGGCUUUGGACCGGCCCAGCCAACCGACUUUCAGUACGGCUCCAUCCCGCAGGAGCACCUGUAUAUCCAGUACGGCGACGGCGAGACCGUGUCUGGGCAGAUGGGCUACAACGACAUCACGGUCGGCAACAUCACGGUCAAGAAACAACAGGUCGGCCUCGCCAACACAACCUACUGGCGCGGCAACAACAUGACCAGCGGGUUGGUGGGUCUUGCUUACCCGACCCUUACCAAUGCCUAUAUCGGUAAUGCUUCAGACCAUGGGUGGGGGAAUCAGGUACUCUAUUCGCCUCUGUUCACCACCAUGGUCAGUGAUGGUUUGAUCCCGCCCUACUUCAGCGUCGCCAUCAACCGGAACUCGUCAGACGGCCUGCUUGGUUGGGGUGGCAUCCCACCUGUGACCGGGCUCGACCUCUCCACCUCCGUAGCUCUGGAUAUCGUCAUCACCAACCUCAUCAACAACCCAAUCACGGCGUGGGAACACUCGUUCUACACAAUCAUCCCCGACGGGUUCAAAUGGGGCUCGACUACAGAUGUCUCAAAGUUCCCUUUCAUCAUCGACACGGGCACCACGCUGAUGUAUCUUCCUCCGCCCCUCGCGGCUGCAAUCAAUGCAGCCUUCAGGCCAUCUGCCAUAUACCUCUGGAUGUACGGGGCCUACUUCACGGCCUGCGACGCCCAAGCCCCGCCAUUUGCGGUCAUCCUCGACGGCUUGAGUUUCUAUAUCAACCCCGUCGAUCUGAUCUACCAGGGCAUGGUGGAUCCCGUCACCGGGCUCUGCAUGACGGCCAUAGCGAGUGGAGGAGCAGGGCCAUACAUCUUGGGUGACGUCUUCCUCCAGAACGUCCUCGCCGUGUUUGAUGUCGGGAAUGGACAGAUGAGGUUCAUAAGCCGUCAGUUCUACUGA